AUGCCAGUCUUUGUUGUGGAUGGCAAGUUUUACAGAGUUCCCUUGACUUCCCUCUUCAAAGCCAACAAAGCCCCCUGCGAACAGUGGCUUGAUUGCGAUGCUACAAAGGUGCAGACAAACAAAGCCUCCAAAUCCGGUAUAUCCUCACCACAACCACCUACCAUUACCCAGAUCCCAGGAACAGGAAGCUCUCCUGGCAAUCGCGAAGAAGUCAAAAUAUCCCAUAAAAAAGUCGGCGAUGCUGUUCCCGCGUGGUCGGCCGAAGAAGACAAGCUCCUCCGGGAGUUGAGGGCGUACAGGCUGCCAUGGAACCAGAUCGCUGUCACGUUGGAUAGGUCAAUUGAAGAUGUCAAGGAGCACUGGAGCGAAAAUUUAUAUGGGAAGUCGAGAAAGGUUAAAGAGUCAGAAUCGACCAGGCAUGUUGAGUAUCGAAGUCCUGAAGGAGAUGCGGAAACCACCAAGGUUGAAGAGAAACCAAAGCGACAUGUUUCUUUUUCGAAUCCAUUGGUCACUGCAGGAGAUAUCGAUGAUGAAGGCAACGGCCCUCCGCCAAAAAUAAAAAAAGUGUAUUACAUCGACGAGGAGUUCACGCUCGAAGACGUGGUUCUCCUUCACAAUAUAGCAGCCAAGUGGGAAAGAGACCGCUGGCUCGCCAUCAGUACCCGGUUCAAUGACAAGACCGGCCGCAACAUCACGCCCGAGCAGGCAAAAUCGGUUAUCGAUAACUAAGCAAUCUAGAAAGAUCGAGAGAAGUCAAAAUUUUUUUCAACAGUGAGGGAUCUUAAGAGGAAUGUAUCAUCAAGCGGCAUGAAGAAUAAAUGGGAUGGAUCGGUUGGAAGGAAGAACAAUGGGCGCUGUGCGUGGUUUCCAUCUUUUCUCACUCACCCUUCCACUGGUUCCGAUCCCAAGGUUCGAGAGCGAGGAUUCGUCAAC